CUCGUUGGCCGGUUUUCUGGGGGCAGCCCCCGGGGUCUGGGGACGGGUCUGAAACUAUUGAUGGCGGCCGGCGCCCUGGGAUACGGAGUCAAGGAGUCGGUCUUCACAGUGGAGGGAGGUCAAAGGGCGAUCUUCUUCAACCGCGUCGGAGGAGUUCAGCAGGACACCAUCCUCGCCGAGGGUCUUCAUCUAAGGAUUCCGUGGUUCCAGUAUCCGGUUAUCUAUGACAUCCGAGCCAGACCCAGGAAAAUCUCCUCCCCCACCGGGUCCAAAGAUCUGCAGAUGGUAAACAUCACGCUGCGCGUUCUGUCCCGACCAAUCGCCGCAGAGCUUCCCCGCAUGUACCAGAGGCUCGGCCUGGAUUAUGAUGAGAGGGUCCUCCCUUCCAUUGUCAACGAAGUUCUGAAGAGUGUGGUGGCCAAAUUCAACGCCUCCCAGCUCAUCACCCAGAGAGCUCAGGUCUCGCUCCUGAUCCGGAGAGAACUGACGGAGAGAGCCAAGGACUUCAACAUCAUCCUGGAUGACGUGGCCAUCACUGAGCUCAGCUUCAGCAAGGAGUACACAGCAGCUGUGGAGUCCAAACAAGUCGCCCAGCAGGAGGCGCAGAGGGCGCAGUUUUUGGUGGAGAAAGCCAAACAAGAUCAGAAACAGAAGAUCGUUCAAGCAGAAGGAGAAGCGACAGCGGCCAAAAUGAUCGGUGAUGCCCUCGGAGGGAACCCCGGGUACCUGAAGCUGAGGCGGAUUCGGGCCGCUCAGAGCAUCGCUAAGACCAUCGCUACGUCCCAGAACCGCGUCUAUCUGAACGCCGACAACCUCGUCCUCAAUCUUCAGGAUGUGACGUUUACAGAUGCAAGUGACACUCUGGUGUCUAAACUUCCAAAGAAGAAAUGAUGACCAAAUCUCCCCGUUGAACCCUGAGAAGAAGAAGAAGGCGGAAUUGUUCUGGCCGUGUCCCGCGCUCCUCAUUGAUGUAGAUGAAUGAAGAGGAUCGGCGGAGGACGCAGUAAUUCAUGUUCUGUUCAUUGUUUAUAUAAAAUAAAUCAAAUACCUUGUA